AUGGCGUCUCCGGAUUAUUUGAGCUAUACCUACGGAAUAAUUGUAUUGUUAGGAGGUAUCAGUGGAUAUGUAAGAGCAGGUUCCGUUGCCUCUUUGAUCUCCGGAUUACUUUUCGGUGGCGUCGCUAUUUAUGGUGCAACAGUCACUAGUAAAAAUCCAAGAAACUGCGCAGUAUGCCUAGCAACUGCUUCAGUAUUGCUCGCAGUCAUGGCUUUUCGGUUUUAUAGAACACAAAAACUCAUGCCAGCAGGUCUUAUAAUGUUUCUAAGAGUCAAGACCAUCGCUGUAAUCGCCGAGGUUUUACGUUAUAAUUGA